AUGCCGCCCGUAGGGCACGUUUGGCGGGUUCUUGUUCUCGUCCGUGAGCGCGUGCACGUAAACGUCGAUGUGCUUGCCUGGCCGCUUGGGUGUCCCUCGGCCGCUGGAGACGAGCGGGAGGAGGGCCUUGUAGAACCGCUCGGCGUUGGCUGCGCUGGCGUUCGGGUACCCGUCAGUGGGCCACCCGAUCUGGGUGACGACGACCUCCACGUCGUGGGCCCCGACCUUCUCGAGGGCCCACAUGAAGGAGUCGUACAUGAACUCGAACGCGUUGGUGUACACUGCGCCCCCGACGUCGGUCACGACGUGGGUUGA